AUGUCCGACAGAUUACAGCAGCGAGUUAUGCUCGUGCCUAUCAAGGUACUGUUCAAGUUUCUGCAGUUGCAUGCCACGGUCCAGGUGUGGCUGUUUGAACAGAGCGACACCCGAAUCCAAGGCACUCUGGUGGGCUUUGACGAGUUCAUGAAUGUGGUGCUUGAGGACGCCAUCCAGAUUUGUGGCGACAAGGAGCGAAAGAUUGGCAAGAUCAUGUUGAAGGGUGACAACAUCACGCUGAUUAGUAACAUGAGCUAG